UUAUGGUAAUCCUGCAUAAGAAAUUUAAAGACUUUUCUUGACUCCUUGCAUUUUACCUUAGUAAGAAUAAUACCACGUCUAUAGUUGGUCCACAAAAUGACUUACAUCAUGUAAUUGUCAUUAUAAUUAUUAAGAAUGUUAAUUGCAAGCAUAAUUAAGUUUAAGCAAAGACAUAGCAUGCAUUAUGUAGUUUAAAUGCAACAAUUUGGCAAAAUUACAACAAGACAUAUACAAAAGAACAUGUUUUCAUUAUUUUCAAAUUGAUUUAUAUCAGAAAUCAUGAAAUAUCCGCUUUAAAAAAUAAUUGAAAUUGAGUAAAUAAAAAGUAGUGCACGUGCACCUUCGAAAAACAAAUUAAAAACGGCGUAAACAAAUAUUUCAAGUUUAUUGAGAUCAUAAAGAUAUGAACGAAUCGCUUAAAAGAACCAAUUACACCGUGCACUAUAUAUAUUAUUUAAACAAACAAUUGCGAUAUAUCGGAGUGAAUGAUUACGGAUGUUUACGUAGUACUACUAUAACCGUCUCGUUUCUUUGCUAAAUAAACUAUCAACUAUUUAAAGCGCGGUAUCAGGGGAAUUUGAUAAUAUAUUUGCGACCGAUUUAGCGUUGAUUUAACUGCUUUCGGAUAUUUAUUUUUAAGAUGACAGAUAAAUCAGGUAAUCCUCCACCAUACUCUGAGCCUAGCAAAGGCUUUUCUGGUCAGUAUGGAGCAGAUUUUGGAGGGGCUUACCCAGCACAAGGCAAUGCAUAUCAACCACAGGCCGGGGCGUAUCCUCCACAAGGUGCAGCCUAUCCACCACAGCCAGGAUACGGGUAUUCGCAACAUUCGACAACAGCAGUGGUGGUGACUCAGCCAGGUUAUGCUGGGCAAGUUGUUGCAAUGCCACGGCCCCCAGAUUACAUGGCCGCCUCUAUUUUUGCUUGUCUUUGCUGUUUCUGGCCAACUGGUCUAUGUGCUAUAUAUUAUGCAUCACAGGCAAGCAAAUUGGCGGCUGAGGGUGAUAUGGCUGGUGCAACAAGCAUGUCAAAUAAUGCGAGAAACCUUAUGAUUUCAAGCAUUGUCAUAGGAGUUAUUUGGAUAACCCUUGUUAUUGUUCUUCGUGUGGUUGUUUAUUCAACUACUUAUAACAGUUACGAUUAUUAAAUGCGAGCUGUGAUGGGAGUAUAUAUCAGACAGACAGACGAAGAAGACGGUAUUACAGUUUAACUGUUUCAGCACAAACAAAUAUUACAUAUGUAGAUGGACUUUUGACUUCAUAAAGACGCGCUACAGCUGGUCAGUUCAUGCCGAUUGUUUCUUGUUUGGUAAUACUACUGAUUUGAACUUUAUGAUGACGAUAUCUCCCUAAUCAAUUCUCUCACAUCAUGAAAGAGAAUGCCAUCAAAUAUCUUUGUUUAUGAAUAAGAGAUAAAUGAAUGAACCGGCGUUCAUUAAAUAAUUCAAAUAUACGUAAUAAAAGAAUAUUUCAAACCAUAAACUUUGGUAUUUUUGUAAAACAGAUUAUCUUUUUAUGUUUAAGUCAAUUUUUAGUCGUCAUAAAACCUCCUUUGUACAUGUUAUAUAUCCUGAUCAUUUUGUAAAUACAUCUCUCGUUCUUUGGUCUGUUUAGUCUAUAUUUGUGACGUGUUUAUCGAAGACAUAUUUAAGUUAUUCUGAUAUGUUUAUUUUUGGUAUUAAUGUUUGAUUAUAAAGUUAUAAAUUGACUGUGUGAUUGCGUAAAUGUAUGAAUGUAUAUAAAAUUUAAUUGAAGGCCAUACUGGAAAUACGUUGUAUGAUAUGUGUAUUUGUACGCUUAGUAUGUAACCUUCAGAAAAUAAAGUUGUUAUCUUA